UGGGCGGGGCCUCCCCCGCAGCUAGAGGCGGGGCCCGCCCGACCCCUUUCUCUCAGCUCAAGUAGGUUGCGAGUGGGAGGCGCCGGCUGCGGCUCCGCAGUGUUUGGAAAGAUGGCGCCGCCGGUGACGGAACGGGGGCUGAAGAGCGUCGUGUGGCAGAAGAUAAAGGCAACAGUGUUUGAUGACUGUAAGAAAGAAGACGAAUGGAAGAUAAUGCUUCUAGAUGAAUUUACCACUAAGCUUUUGGCAUCAUGUUGCAAAAUGACAGAUCUUCUAGCAGAGGGUAUAACUGUUGUGGAAAAUAUUUACAAGAAUCGAGAACCUGUCAGACAAAUGAAAGCUCUUUAUUUUAUCACUCCAACAUCAAAGUCUGUAGACUGCUUUUUACGUGAUUUUGGAAGCAAGUCGGAGAACAAAUACAAAGCAGCGUAUAUAUACUUCACUGACUUUUGCCCUGAUAGUCUCUUUAACAAAAUUAAGGCUUCUUGCUCCAAGUCAAUAAGAAGAUGUAAAGAAAUAAAUAUUUCCUUCCUUCCUCUUGAAUCUCAGGUAUAUACUCUUGACGUACCAGAUGCUUUCUACUACUGCUACAGUCCAGACCCUAGUAAUGCAAAUGGAAAAGAUGCCAUCAUGGAGGCAAUGGCUGAUCAGAUAGUCACGGUAUGUGCUACCCUGGACGAGAAUCCCGGAGUGAGAUAUAAAAGUAAACCUCUAGAUAAUGCCAGUAAGCUUGCUCAGCUUGUUGAAAAAAAACUUGAAAACUACUACAAGAUUGACGAAAAGAGCCUAAUAAAGGGUAAAACUCAUUCCCAGCUCAUAAUAAUUGAUCGUGGCUUUGAUCCUGUGUCCACUGUCCUGCAUGAACUGACCUUUCAGGCAAUGGCAUAUGAUCUACUGCCGAUUGAGAAUGAUACAUACAAAUAUAAAACCGAUGGGAAAGAAAAGGAGGCAAUCCUUGAAGAAGACGAUGACCUGUGGGUCAGAAUUCGACAUCGGCAUAUUGCAGUUGUGUUAGAGGAAAUUCCCAAGCUUAUGAAGGAAAUUUCAUCAACGAAGAAAGCAACAGAAGGAAAGACAUCACUUAGUGCUCUUGCCCAACUGAUGAAAAAGAUGCCCCAUUUCCGUAAGCAGAUUACUAAGCAAGUUGUUCAUCUUAAUUUAGCAGAAGAUUGCAUGAAUAAGUUCAAGCCUAAUAUAGAAAAGCUCUGCAAAACUGAACAGGACCUGGCGCUUGGAACUGAUGCAGAAGGACAGAAAGUCAAAGAUUCUAUGCGAGUACUCCUUCCAGUUUUACUCAACAAAAAUCAUGAUACUUACGAUAAAAUAAGAGCAAUCCUACUUUAUAUCUUCAGUAUUAACGGAACUACAGAAGAAAACCUGGACAGAUUGAUCCAGAAUGUAAAGAUAGAAAAUGAGAGUGACAUGAUUCGAAACUGGAGUUACCUGGGUGUUCCCAUUGUCCCUCCAUCUCAACAAGGCAAACCAUUAAGAAAGGAUCGGUCUGCAGAAGAAACUUUUCAGCUCUCUCGAUGGACACCCUUUAUCAAAGAUAUUUUGGAGGAUGCCAUUGAGAAUAGAUUAGAUUCAAAAGAAUGGCCAUAUUGUUCCCAGUGUCCAGCAGUAUGGAAUGGCUCCGGAGCUGUAAGUGCUCGGCAGAAACCCAGAGCUAAUUAUUUAGAGGAUCGAAAAAAUGGGUCUAGGCUGAUUGUUUUUGUAAUUGGAGGAAUUACAUACUCUGAAAUGCGUUGUGCUUAUGAAGUUUCUCAGGCACAUAAAUCCUGUGAAGUUAUUAUUGGUUCCACGCAUAUUUUAACACCCAAAAAGCUGUUGGAUGAUAUAAAGAUGCUGAAUAAACCCAAGGAUAAAGUCUCCUUUAUUAAAGAUGGAGAAUAAUCCAUGCAGGGGAAGAAUUGGAGAUCCUUAUUACUUGUUCAACUAAAAUGACAUGUUCACCUAAAAUAGAUUGAGACAUUGUUGCUAUCAUGUAACUUAAACAAUGUAAAUAUUUUAAGGUAUAAUGACUUUUCAGAUGUAUUUCUUAAAAGAUUGUUUAUGAUUAAA